AUGACCCUGACUAAUGUCAAGAGAACUACUUUUGAAAUAGCCCAACUUUUACAUCCCUAUGCUUCACCCAUUGUAUUGACCUCGAAGAAAGAAGGUUCCCUUCGUUUUUGUGUCGAUUACCGAGGUUUAAACACAAUCACUGUUCGAGACGCAUAUCCUAUUCCAAGAAUUGACAGCACUCUUGACUCACUACAACAAGCUAAAUUUGUUUCUACACUCGAUUUAAAAUCCGGCUAUUGGCAAGUGGAGAUGGAUCAAGAAAGCAAACAAAAAACAGCAUUUAUUACUCACAAAGGAUUAUUCGAAUUUAAUUUUAUGCCAUAUGGACUUACAAAUGGUCCAGCUACAUCUCAGCGCCUAAUGGACAUCAUUCUUGCUGGACUCAAAUGGCAGUGCUGUCUAGUUUACAUUGACGAUAUCGUCAUAUUCUCACCCACGUUUGAUCAACAUCUGAUAGAUCUCAAUAACGUUCGUCAUAAAAUUCGAAAAGCAGGAUUAAGUAUAAAAACAUCGAAAUAUCAAUUUUGUCGACAAGAAUUGAAAUAUCUUGGUCACCUCGUUACUUCCGAAGGGAUAAAAUCCGAUCCUUUCUUUGCCCCGGUGAUGCGUAUCCUUCACUUUAAUCAACAAUUUAUCCUCGAACUCGAUGCAUCGGAAUAUGGUUUAGGAGCUGUUCUGGCUCAAGAAUUGGACAGAAAAAAGUCAGUGGUUGCUUAUGCUAGUCGUACGUUAACUCCAGCGGAGAGAAAAUACGUUGCCACCGAAAAGGAAGCAUUAGCAAUUGUAUGGGGAACCAAACACUUUCGCCCCUAUCUGGAAGGCGGAAAAGUGCUCGUUCGAUCGGACUAUAAAGCUCUUCAAUGGUUAAAAUCUGCGAAAGAUCCAACAGGGCGUCUGAUCAGGCCGGCCAUUUGA